CUCGGUUUUAUGAAGACGAAGAUCAAAUACCUAAAACUUGUCUAUAAUUAGAGGAAGACCUUUCACGACCUGUAGACAUACCGAUUUUUCGUGUGGUAGAUGCUGCCAGCUGAAUAGACAUAUCUGAAUUCAGAGAUGUCGGACAUAAGGGUAUCGUUGGUUGUUGUUUUGAUAGCUCUUACAAUAGGAUCUAUUGAUGGAAGAAACACACCGAGAAGGAAAUCAAAUACACAAACAAAUUGGAAAAGUUUCUUCUGUUCCACAUGGUUUCACUGGCCUUGGUUGGAAAAUUCAAAUUUGGUGUCGUAUUCAAGAGAAAGAGUUUCACAAAAGCGGUCCUUUGUAAGAGAUUGUGAAGUUGAUGUUGGCACCUGUCCAGUAGGUGCAUGCUUCAAGUGUCCCGAUUCCGGUUACAUUUGUCCAGAGACAGAGACUCGAACUCAUACAUGUCAGGAAUUCGGCACCUGGUCGUAUGAGUAUGUAAAGAAAUGUAUAUGUUGUAAGGAUCAUGGUUUGACAGUGAACGUUAAAAUUGUUGAUUCUGAAACUAAAGUUGGGAUUGAAGGAAUAAACAUUCGAUUUGAAAAGAAUAUCAUCGGUGACUCAGAUGCAAACGGUCGUUUGGUGUCUGUAGUGCCAUCUGAUUCAAGAAACAUAGUGAUACGUGCAACUGAUUUAAAAACUGAUACUUAUAUAGAAACUGUUAAAAUAUAUGACAUCAUGGAAGGAUUUUUCACGACGGUAGAGGUGGAAAUAGCAAUGGUCAGAAAAACGUUUUCACUUGAAUUCGAUGCCACUAAGAAGAUAAGCAUCUGCCUGUCAGAGAAUCAAAAUUGUUUAGAAUCCAAAGAUGGGACGCCACAAAUAGACAUUGCACCAGGGAGUUUAAGAAAUAAUAACAGACAGAUAUACAAAGGACUUGUAAAGAUAAGCAUUUCUCUUAUAGACGAAAGUAAUGAGAACUCAGAAGCUAAGAUACCAGGACGUUAUGUAUCUUCAACAAGCAACCCCGUCGCUAAAAUUAUUCCGCUAUUAACAUUUUCAUUAGAUUUUAGGAGCAACAAUAAUGAAAAGCUCCGGAUAAGCGAAACCGUGAAUUUUUUUAGUAGCGACUCGAACAACGCUAGGAUCUGGAACAUAGACUUACAAACAGGUUUUUGGCGGGAAGCAAAAACAACUUCCGUUACAAAGAGAAGAAAACGACAAACUGCGGAUCAGACACAAUUUUUGACAACGAUUGUGAGUGGACAGUGGAUGACGCUUGGUCAGAUAUCUAGUUUACCUAGCUGCUAUAUUAAAGCAAAAGUAUUUGACGAAUCAAGUGGUACGGAUAUAAGUAACAGUUUAACCACAUUUUAUCAGUCUGAAAUUAUUGCCACAGACAGUAAUAACCAGAAGAUACGAUAUUAUUUUGCUCCGACACAAACGCUAGAGGACACUUGUUUCGAAGUAAGCUGUCCGACUGACUCUUCGCUGUCAGGAACUAUACAACUUAAAGCUAUUGUAAAUGUUGGUACUCCAUUGACUUCAGCGAUUACGUAUCUUAGUUCAAAACCCCUAGGAGAUUACGAGCUAUCGAUACAGUCUAAGCACACAAACAUUGAAUAUAGUUCUACAAGUUAUCUUGAAGAGCCAGGAACAUAUGCUAAAUUUACAUCUGAUCCAGACGGACCAUUCUUCGAAGAUAUUUCCACUUGCGUAGGGUCGGAUGCUACGAAACCAGCAUUCCAUUUUAUUUAUUCUGAUCCAUUAACAACCGUGUCCCCCUCAACGACUCAUGCAAAGCUUUGCACUGCUAGAAUCGGGUUUGAGGACCCUGAAGGACUCUUCUUUAAAUAUUUGUCAAGUUUAGAUACGUUACCCACUAUAGAGGCCAUAAGCACCUGGGAAGAAGGCUAUGACAGGUUUUAUUUUACAGACUUUAGUAGGAUGGAAUACUCAUCUGGUGGAGGAUAUUACUACGCAUGCGUAAAAUACCGAUGUGCUCCACCGGCAGAAGAACCAUACGAUGAAAGUAUUGGCGACACGGCAUUAUAUUUAGACAUUCUCUUACCGGAUAAAGUCAAAAUCGAUUUAAAUGAUGACGGGGUAAUGGUAGACCAAAGUGUUGACUGCAAGACAGGGAAUUGUCAUGGGCCUUUCUGUAUUUCACAAUAUCAAUACAAAGCGGACAAGAAUUUCAUAGAUGGAAGUCUUUGGGUGGAAAGAGGAAACAAUGUACCUGGCAGUUUCUUUUUACCAACUAGCGAUCCCCUGGCAACAGACACUUGCAGUGCUAGUUCAAUAACAACAGACUUUGCUUAUACUAUGAAAUGCUUUUUUGGAAACCCUCAGUAAUUGAAGUGUUUUGAAAAUGUAAUGAAUUUUAUGCUUUAAUUACAUUACCUGUGUUAUCUUUUUUCUCGUAUGAAAGUAAAUUGUAUAGACAGUUUUAAUUUAUAUGUAGUAUAAAUGUACAUAAUUCCAAGCUCGUGCGAACAAGACUUUACAAAGUCAACAAAAUGUAAUAUUGUAUAACUACUCGCUGUUAAAGCACACAUGUAUUAUAUAACUUUUGUAAUAUGCACACGAAAAACAAAACGGAAUUAUCUAUCUUUAUGCAUAACAUUUUUUUAAAUUUUAUUUAUUCAUUUUUUUGCUAUGACAAGCGUCUUAAUAACUAAUUGUCAAUCAUGAAUAUAAUUGUUUUGAGGGUUGUUUUGGUAUUUUAGUGAUAUAAUUCCAUAUAUUUAAAUAUAUAGAAUUUUACCAUGUUGAGGCAAAAUAUAUUCCAUAUUUUACGGAAAACUUAAAAAACAUUAAAUGUUGCCGUCAAGAAAACACAAACAAUAUAAGUUGUUAAUGAAAACUCACAUUUGCUAAAUUGCUACAUAGUUGAAAUUGUACAGCAUGCAGUAAUACAUUGAUUAUUAAAACAUGCGUGACAUGUUUUAAUGUAUGACCACCCUAAUGGGUUUUUUUACGGAACUGGAAAAUUUACAACAUAGGUCAGAGGAUGCCUGUAUGCAAAAUUUACCGUACGGUUAACGAGUUAUGGACACUUUUCUGAACUUAAGCUUUGAUAUUAGAAGGGCUCUUUCACUAGAAUUGAGGAAUCUUUAAAUAAUCUAUUAUUUCAUC